CAUAAACCAAGAUCAUAUACAUCUCUAGCCACGCCAAAUGUAAAUAGAUGAGGUAACACUAGAUCUUUAGAAGUAUGCAGUGGAUUGGGCUACCUUUAUAAUAUCCCGCGGGAUAGAACCGGGAUGUGGGAUUUUAAAAUCCAAGAUGGCGGACGACAUUGAUAUUUUUUAGCUCCAAGUUUGCCAUGGAUUUUUCUGUCGUCACAACUAACGGACAAGCUCCUACGAAACGCGCAUACCAUUCUUGUUCAAUAAUUGGGAAUUCUCUGUUUAUUUUUGGUGGUAUAAGAGAUGAUAAGACUGUAUUAGAUGAUAUGUAUCGCUACGAUGUCGAGGAAAACUCCUGGAGUCAGGAAAGAACACCUUCGUCUACAAAUCCCGAAAAAUCUCGAAGUCUUCCAAAAGGAACACUAUGUACAGCUCCUUGUGUUAGCCAUCAUACUGCUACAGUAAUAAGAGAGAGAUACAUUAUUAUUAUAGGUGGUUGGAAUGGUAAGAAAAGAACAGCCGAAAUCUUUUGUUUUGAUACUCACAACACAACAUGGCGUCGAAUUCUUGAGAGUGGAGACGUCCCAGUCGGAUUGAGCUCACAUUCUGCGURCCUUGUAUCACCCAAAGAUAUUCUUAUCUUAGGUAGAGAGGGUGGUGUUCGCACCCAAAGACGAUUCUCCGGUGCUUUUAACUUGGAUACUGAGACAGGACGAUACACUGAAGCACCUUUCCAUGCUGCUUCAAGAUCAGGCCAUAACGCUAACCUCAUUCACGUAAGAGGGAGCAGAGAAUGUUAUUUGUUCGUGUUUGGAGGUCGUAAGAGUGGAGGAUAUGAGCUACUGGGUCGAUGGAAUCGCACAGAAAAGCCCAUACAUUGUAUUCAACAAUCUAGAAUAGAGAAACUGCUUGCUAAAUGUAAAUCUUGUGACGAACCAGAUGGUAGACAGCAUAGCCAGUCUUUACUGAUGGGAGAGAAGUAUAUGAUAGUGUUCGGUGGCGAAAAGUGGAGUGGAGUAAGAGAGAACGUCACGAAUGAGGCUUUUAUUCUUGACUGUCAUAAAAUGGUCUGGUAUAAAAUACCAGUGAGUGACCAAAUACCCAAACUUGUUGGCCAUACCAUGUGUGGUGUCGCAGAUAGAAUAUUGGUGUUUGGUGGUUGCAACCAGAACAGGGCUUGCGACACUUUGUGGCAGGUCAACCUCUUGGAUUAGGUUCGAUCGUUUAGCGUGUCACGUGACUUCAGCCAAGAUGGCCAUGGAUGUUAGAUGGCCAAGGCAAAUUGCUCCUAACUUCGAAUUCUUUUCUUCAAAAGACUCCUAUAUUUACUGUUUACGAACAUCACCAAGAUGGCCGCCAUGUCUUCAUCACUCGACUCUCUUGGGAAUGAUUGCAAACCAUCUAUUGAUGGUUUUCAACGAUUCCCAAGAGAAUUAAAUAAAGAAGGACAAGGCGGCCAUGUUGGAGGAUAUAACAAUAGAAUUCAUUGACAACUUUUUAUUAAAGUCCUCCAACAUGGCCGAC